AGGAGAAAAAAAGAAAAAGGGAGAAAAUUAAUGACGCUGCUGUGUGAAGUGUGACCGUGGGCGAGACACAGAGUGUGUGUGACACUGUGUGUGUGAGAGAGAGAGAGAGAGAGAGUAGAGGGGGAAAUGGUGUCGUACGUGAGCGCGUUGCUGUAUGGAGUGGGAGGCAUAGUGGUGGCCGGGAUGGCGUUGCUGGUAGCCUUUCAGGAAAAGCUCGUCUACGUGCCGGUCCUCCCCGGUCUGACCAAGUCCUACGCCAUCACCCCCGCCCGCCUCCGCUUACCCUACGAGGAUGUCUGGCUUCUAUCCUCCGACGGUGUCCGCCUUCAUGCCUGGUUCAUUAAGCUCUUCCCCGACUGCCGAGGUCCAACCAUUUUAUUCUUCCAAGAAAAUGCGGGAAAUAUUGCCCAUCGUCUCGAAAUGGUCCGCAUAAUGAUACAGAGGUUGAAUUGCAACGUUUUUAUGCUUUCAUACCGAGGUUAUGGAGCUAGCGAUGGCUAUCCUUCCCAGCAUGGAAUCAUAAGGGAUGCUCAGGCUGCAUUGGAUCAUCUUUCUCAGAGGACUGACAUUGACACAUCUAGAAUUGUUGUCUUUGGAAGAUCACUUGGAGGUGCAGUUGGAGCUGUGCUUUCUAAAAACAAUCCUGACAAGAUUGCCGCACUAUUACUGGAGAACACUUUCACAUCUAUUCUGGAUAUGGCUGGAGUUCUAUUGCCCUUCCUGAAGUGGUUCAUAGGGAAAAGUUCGAAAGGUCCUAGAAUUCUCAAUUUUCUUGUUCGAUCUCCAUGGAGUACAAUUGAUGUCAUAGGCCAGAUUAAGCAGCCAAUCCUUUUUCUCUCUGGAUUGCAAGAUGAGAUGGUUCCGCCAGUCCACAUGCAGCUACUAUAUGUCAAAGCAGCUGCUCAUAACAGGCAAUGCCUCUUUGUAGAUUUUCCUACUGGCAUGCAUAUGGACACUUGGGUGGCCGGUGGUGAUCAUUACUGGAAAACAAUUCAGCAGUUCCUUGAAGAACAUGUUCCAGAGAAAAAAGAAAAUGAAUCAUCCCGCAAUAGAAAUGAUUUCGAGGCGAGAUGAUUGGUAGGCAUGUUGACUUAUGAGGUGUUAUCGAUUGGUUCACACAAGGAUUCAAAACAUUUCUACCUUUUUUUUUUGAAGUUGCAGCAAUCAACAGCUCUAUGUGAGAGGAGUUGCUGCUACCUACUAAGACCUGCUGUACCCAUCCGGGUUUUCCCUGUGGAGAUUUUUUGUAGGUUUACAAACUUCAGAAGAAUCUAGAAGAAAUGUGAAUCCCCUUCUGUAUACUGUGUGACACUUUGACAUACACAUAAGUACCUAAUUUGUCCUGACUGUUCUCAUUGCAUGAAAUAAGAAGUUACUGACUGUGCAAAUAUA